AUGGAGUCUACAUUCUCCGCCACGGCGACAGCGAUGGCCAGAACCGGUGGUCCUUCGUUGCCUCUCCUCACUAUCUCUAAAGCUCUUAACCGCCACUUUUCUGGCUCAAGGCACCUCCAUCCUCUGUUGCUAGCUCGCUCCUCCCCUGUCGCGCGCCGUCUUGUUGGAUUUCACGCCAGCCCAAUUACGUCGUCCGCGUUGAGAAGCUUGGGAGCUGCUGUUCUGCCUGUAAUCCGACACCGUUUGCAGUGCUUGUCCAGCUCAUCUCCUUCCUUCAGGAGUAUCUCCAGUGGCGGCGGCGGCGGUGCAGGAUUCGGCGGGUACAACGGUGGAGGUGGCGGAGGCGGCGGCGGAAGAUCGGAUAGUGGUGAUUCCAAGUCUAAAUUAGGUGUUGGAGCAGGUGAUAGUGUCUCUCUUCCGUCGUCAGAUAUCAUUAUUCUCGAUGUUGGAGGGAUGACAUGUGGAGGUUGUUCUGCAAGUGUGAAGAAAAUACUGGAAAGCCAACCUCAAGUUGCUUCUGCUAGUGUUAAUCUCACGACGGAGACAGCAAUAGUGUGGCCUGUAGCGGAAGCUAAAAGUGUACCUGAUUGGCAAAAGACUUUAGGCGAGACGCUUGCAAAUCAUCUCACCAAUUGCGGCUUUCAGUCUACUCCUCGAGGGGAAGUUCCUGAAGAUAUUGCUGGAGAGAUUGCACCUUGA